UAUGGAUUAUGAUGACUUAUAUAAAGUGUUACCAAAAGACCCUAAAAAAUGGAAACUGGAUGAUGUCACCAUUUGGUUGAAAUUUAUAGGAUUAUAGGAUUUAGAUGUAAAUUUUAGAUAAAAUGCUGUUGAUGGGGCAUUAUUAAGUACAUUAGAUGAUAAUGAUUUAAAAGAGAUGGGAAUCGUUGAAUCAACUUUGAAAAUAAAAAAAUUAGUUUAAUGUAUUCAAUAUCAAUAAUCAUAGGGAUUUAAAUUGGUUUCAAAGAAUAUUCUGAAUUUUUGAAAUCAUUAGAUAAAGAUUAAGGUUUUGAUUAUCAAAAAUAGAGUUUUAAUUAAUAAUAAGAAGAUAAUGGUACAUCUAAUAGCUUAGUUGUAUCCAAUUAAUAUAAAAGAAGUUCUAUAAAAGCUGCAAUUUUUGAAGAUUAAGUAUAAAGUAAUCAAUCAUUUAAAUAAACUGUGGAAGAAGUAAAUGAUGUACAUGAAAUUAUCAAAACUACUUACAGUUAAUAAGAAUGUAAUACUUAUUUAAUUAAUAUCAAUAAUGGAAAUUAAAGAAUACCAAUAAAAAAGGAAGGAGUUUCAAUUGGAAGAAAUCCUGAUAAUUAAUUAGUACUAAAAGAAGAUUAUGUUAGCAGAUAGCAUUGUAAGAUUUUUCAUAAGGAAAAUAAUGGAUUCUUUUAUUUAUAAGAUUUAGGAUCUUCAUCUGGAACUUUUGUUUAAUUAACUAAUCCAACUUUAUUAAAGGAAGGAUUAGUUUUACAUAUGGGUUCAGGAUAAUUUUUAAUAUCAAAAAUAAAGAUUUAAGGGACUAAAUGUUCAGUCUUUAUUAAAGUAUUAGAAGGUAUAAUGGAAAAUAACAAUCUUGAUUUUGAAUUAACAUAAGAUUAGACAGCUUUAAUUUUUGGAAGACAGAUGUCUAUGUUUGCAGAUGAUACAGUAUAUAUUCUAAAAUAAAUUUAAAUAGCAUUUAAGUGGUUAACAUGCCUAAUUCACAUAUAUAGAAGAAGGAUUAGUUAUUGAAGAUUUAGAUAGUAGAAAUGGAACUUGGCUGAGAUUGAGUCCUCCACAUAAAUAGAGUGAACCUAUAAAAUUAAUCGACGGAAGGAGAUUUAGAUUAGCUUUUGAAUAGUUUUUUCAAUUUCAUAACAACUGA